AUGGAGGACACUCGAUUUGAUUCAUCUCGCAAACGACCACGACCAGUGGUGUCUUGUUUGAGAUGUCGUGAAAAGAAAUUGAAAUGCGAUCGACUUUUACCGUGUCAAAAUUGUACCAAGAUCCCAGGUGGCUCAACAGAAUGUACUUACAAUCACGACCCUACCAAAUCAAUCCCGAAAUCACGACCUGCAACAAAUUCACCAGGAGAUCGCACACCUGACCUCAAGAAUGCGCCAACAUUAGGAAAUAGUGUAAAUAUCAUCCAGAGUAAUAAUGGUGGGGUUGGGGUUGUGGAAGAACUUCAAUCUCGUGUCGCAAGACUUGAAGAGCUACUGCAAGUCUCUGGAAAGUUAUCAAAUAUUCAAAGGUCGACAUCACAAUCAUCACCACCUCACAGAAUAUCAAAGCGUACAAAUGUUCCGCCUAGAUUGAUACCAGGUCUUUGUACCCUGGUUGUGAAAGGAUCGAGGAGUAGAUAUCAUGGUCAGAAUGAUCGAAUCACCUUGUUGAACCAGUUUCCCGAGGCAAAAGAUUUCAUAAACAAAAGUGCAAACAGUAAUACUUCCAUCAUUAAUCUUGCCAAAGAUGUUCAAUAUCUACAGCAAAAGUCCCGGGGUCACCUUACCAUGAGAAAGGAGACGUCGAGUCAAGAAAGUGCUGCAAUUCUUUCAAAGCUUCGAGAAUUUCUUCCCGGAAAACCUGUUUGUGACAGGUUGUUAAAGAUCUACACUGAAAAUUUUGAGAAGAGUUCAAGGAUCCUUCAUGUGCCUUCCUUCCUUCGUCUGUACUCGCAAUUUUGGACAUCCCCCGACGACAAGAUAUUCCAAAAUUCAUCAUUUUUACCCCAGUUGACAACUAUACUGGCGAUCUGUUACAAGUUCCUCGAUAGUAAUUCAGGAUUUGAUGAUGAUCAGAAAACAUAUCUGGAAAUGGCAUCGCUUGAGCUUGUAGCGGCUUGGAUUGACACAAUCAGUAGGAAGCAGGCAAUUGAUAUAUCAACCCUGCAAACAGAAACACUUCUACUCCUUGCCCGACAGUUACAACUUCUCUCUCCAGAUAAGUUAUGGUGUGCCACGGGUGCUUUGGUCCGUUCUGCCAUGGUUAUGGGACUUCACUUAAGACCAGCGGAAUUUAAGAAAAUCUCACCGUUUCAUGCCGAAUUAAGGCGAAGAAUCUGGGUAACGAUUGUUCAAAUGGACCUACAAGCAUCCAUGGCUGCAAGCAUGCCAAGUAUUGUUCCCGACAUAGAUUUCAAUCAACUGGCUCCAGCAAAUCUAAAUGAUGCCGAUUUUGACGAAUCUACAACCGAGCUCCCUCCUUCAAAACCUCUCUAUGAAUGGACCGACUCCCUUGCUCAAGUUACAUUAGCUAUGUCUCUAGCCCAGCAGCUGAAGGUUGUGUCGCUUAUCAGAGACAUUAGUCCUGUCAUGGAUCUUACGGAAGUGGUCAGAGAAGGGAGAAAACUGGAGGAAAUCUUGCGACGUGUACCAGCACCACUCAAGCUAGAUGGAACACUUCAACGUUCCCCUUCCCAUCUAUUGGAUUGCGUUUUGUUGGAUAUAUAUCUCAGGAGACCUUUUCUCAAUCUUUAUCGAUUACUUCUGUGGGAAGAGCGACAAGAUGACCCUUCAUUCCGAGAGAUGCAACAGAUUUGUUUGGAAUCAUCAGUCGCCAUUCUUUCUUAUCAGGACUAUUUUGAUCCCUCAGUCGCCGAUCUGGAUCUACUAAGCACAAACUUGUAUUGGACCAUGUUCCAAAUCUGUUGCAAGAAUGAUGUUUUGGCUGCUGUCUUGAGUGUCUGUCAAUAUAUCAAAACAUCAACUUCCGGGUACCAAAGCAAUAUGCCAAGUCCAGGAUUAACGCCGAAUCAAUUUCCAACGAGCCUGCCUAGUCCUCCAGCAACAAGUACACAAUUUUCAAAAGCCAGACUCACUCGGAUAGUCGAAAGCACACUGGAAGGCUUCACCAAAAGAGUUGGGGAGUUCGGUAGUGACCUGAAAGAUGUUCUCAUUCUUUCCGUAGUGAUGCAAUCAGUACGAGCGAAUGGUACAUCUGAUCUAAAAGAGAACUUGAUGUACGAAGGUGCCAAGAAGGCGUUGUCAACAUGCAGGCAGACCUUGCUACAAUCUUUCCCCAAUGGAGAAGUUAAACUUCCAUCUCAUAGUCCUGAAUUGAACAAGGACGAUAAGAGCACAAUUAGGACGGCACCAACAGCAGAUGUCUCAAUGUCUAUCGUAGACCAGGCCAUGUAUACCAGUCAGCCGGGAUAUUUGGAUCAAUUAACCACUUUGACACCUGAAAUCAGCCAGUUCCAAGGUGACAUCUUUGAUUUUUCAGAUGCCGGUAUAUUUAAUGUUGAUAAUGAUUGGAGUUAUAGUGAAUCUUGGCAAUAA